AUGUCCCGGGUCCAUUUCCCCGAUCUUGACAGGGAGCUGAAGGCGGAUGUGACCUGUCAUAGGGGAGUGUUUGAAAAAAAAACCUUUAAAAGAGGAAACAGUCAUAAUUUAUACUGUUAUAGCCAUAAGGUUAACGGAAAAUUAUGGGCAAAUUGUGAACACCUCCAUCUUGCAGCAGUACCGUCAUUUCGCAAAGACGUCGUAGGAAUUAAUUUGGCUAACAACGUAAUUUCCCAUUUUCCUACCAAUCUUCCUUUAGAUAUCGCAUAUUUAGAUGUCUCGAAGAAUAAUCUAAGAAAUGUUACUCAGCGCUCAUUGACAAGAUACGGUAAUUUGAAAAAUAUAAGCAUUUCGGAAAAUUUGCUACAGACAAUUGAACUGGGUUCGUUUAAAUACACACCAAAGCUUGUGCAUCUUGAUAUUUCCGGUAAUCAGGAAUUAACUCUAGAGGUUGUGGCCAAUAUAUCGAGUGAUUUGGAAAAUUCUACUUCGAUUCGAGUUUUAAAUUUUGAGAAAUUACAGUGCACGUACGGAGUAAGUUACAUUGUUAAAAAGUAUCACAUUAUUGGUCUGAAGCACACGCGAUUGGAGGAACUUAACUUGGCGUCAAAUCGCAUCAAUAGCCUGGAAUUUGGUGUUCUCAGUGAGCUUCCUAAGUCCCUGAAACAUCUAAAUCUGGCCAAUAACGUACUCAGUUAUGGACUUUAUAUCGUAGAAUUCGGGGGUUUAAUCAAUGUGGUGACACUCAAUGCAAGUUUUCAGUCAUCAUUUCAUCAAAUACGAGUUAAAGAUUUUUUCUUAAGUUGCAAUGAUACGAGGCUAGUUUGUAGGACUUUAUCAGAAAACCAUCGUGGGAAUUUAGUACGGAACAACAGAUUGUCGUCUUACAAUAUAACAAUCUUUAUUCCACCUAAAAUACAAGCAUUUUACUUUCACGAUAAUUUGUAUAAAAUGACUCUUCAAGAUUACGCACUCAGUUCUACCAGUAAGCCUGUCUUGACAAAGUUGUAUUUGCAGAACAAUAUUAUCUAUAAACUGAUUGGUCCCAUUACAGGCAUAGCCAGUGUCUUUCAUGCAGAUUUCUCCAACAAUUUUUGCAGCUAUAUCUCGCCAAGAUUUUUCGAAGAUUUUAAAAACUUGUCUUUUCUGGAUCUUUCCCAUAAUGCUCUAGGAGAAAAUCUUGAAAAUGACCUCGAUGGAAAUUUAUUUCAAAAUCUGCGCAUGUUGAAGUCUUUGAACCUUUCACGAAACAGAAUCGUUCGACUUCCCAAGAAAAUAUUUCGUAAUCUAAAACAACUGGAAAUUCUUAACCUCAGUUCUAAUUCUUUGAGUAAGUUUACAGUACCCAUAAAUCAUAUGGUUCGUCUUUUUUACCUAGACCUCUCUGAUAACCAGAUAUCGACCAUGAGUUUAGAAACUAGGAACAUGUUAGACGCAAUAUCACAAAAGAAGCUUGUUUAUGUGAAUCUAAAGGGCAACGAAUUAAGAUGCAACUGUGAAAACUUGGAAUUCGUGAAAUGGAUCCUUAAUUCCAAGAAUAUUGAUUUUCGUCAUUUUGAUGAUUAUGUGUGUACUUUUUCAAAUUCCUCAAGACUUCCAUUCUAUGAUAUCGAUCAUCUACUCCAGCUGUUGGAGAAGCAGUGUUCCUCGUAUACUCUUAUCAUCGUCAUUAUGACGUCAUUAACAGUCGUUAUUUUGACAAUCACCGUCAGUCGUAUUCUCUAUAGAUAUAGAUGGAAACUAAGAUAUAUGUAUUAUGUGGCCAGAGAAAGGUAUAUCGUUAAUGUUCGAAGACAGGACGCAUUACCAAAUGAUUUGUAUCAUUUUGAUGCAUUUGUAUCGUACUCUGACGAAGACAGACUAUUCGUCAUCGACCUUGUUAAGCACUUGGAAAAGGAAUUCAAUCUUAGGCUGUGUAUACAUCAUCGUGAUUUCAUCCCAGGGACAGGAAUAGCAGAUAAUAUCACAAACGCCAUUCAUAAUAGCAGGAAAACCUUCUGUAUUAUGACGUCACACUUUUUAGAUUCGUACUGGUGUAUGUUUGAACUAAACAUGGCACGCAUGGAGGCCAUUUAUUCCCGAAACGGUGAAAAUGUUUUAUUUUUGGUUGCAUUAGAGAAAGGUGUCAUGAAAAACUUACCAUUAGCAUUCAUGGAUCUGAUUGAGUCAAAAUCUUACUUAGAGUUUCCAGAGGGUGGAGACGAGAAUGAAGUCACAGCCUUUCGAUCCAAGCUUGGAGAUACACUCAGAUCUGGUGACAAUCAGUUUAGAUCUUUAUAAGCAUGCAGAAACAAGUUGUAUAUUAUUGUAAUACUGCAGACGUACUUUUUUCCGCGUUGGAUUAAUUUCCGCUAUGUAUGCUGUCACAUGUUUUCCGCGGAAAUUUGUCACAGCUCACUAAAGAUUCAUUAAGAACAUAUAAUGAAAAUCCAAGAUAUCCGCGUUAUUUUAUACUCGUAGAUUGAGCAGAAAUUCUGAUUCCGCGGAAUUAUGACCCCGUGGAAUAAAGUAUUUACAAUAUUAAAGGGCCUAUUACUUUACCAUGUAAGAUGUAUGGAGUGGAUUUCACCUUAUUGUUAUAUUAUAGUACUUUACCAUGUUGUAUGUAUAUGGAGGUUUGACUGUAGAAUGUUUCCUUUUUUCAUAGGCUUAUGGAUUUUAAUAUAGUGAAUUAGUGGUCUGUAGAGUAGU